AUCAAUGUCUGCCAGGUAACGAUGCAGCGGGACAGAGAUGUAUAUCCAUUCCUCCAGGCAAAUACAACCGAACGGCAGCCCAGGCGGUCUGUGCGGGAAAGGGGCCCAGUUCAGGUCCUUUCCAAAUCCUUCAGGCGUUCGACGCCGAUUUUAUUCGUCAGUACAGAUUUUCACGUUAUCU